AUGGUGGUGGUGUUCUUUCGAGGUUGUGUCUCAGAAGCCAAUCACUCCUCCAUUGUUUUUCCAGUCACCGGGAAUAUUUAUCCUGCAUGGGCGUACUAUACAACAAUCAAGAUAGGCAAGCCACCCACCCCUUUCAAGCUGUUCGUUGAUAGCGGUAGUUACAUCACUUGGGUCAAAUGUCAUGGACAUUGUGAGAAUUGCGACAGGCCCCCAAGACGUCUGUACAGGCCACCAAAAGAUAGCACUGUGCAAUGUCAAGAUCCCUUAUGUGCUGCUAUUCUACGAAACAAACCUAAUUGUAUAAUCCCUACUGGUCCAUGCGAGUACCGUAAUGGCUAUGGUGAUGAGAGUUCAACUCAAGGCUACUUGGUUAAAGACGUUUUCCAGCUUCAACUUAUGAAUGGCUCUGUCAUUGAUUUUCCUAUGGUGUUUGGGUGUGGAUACAAGGAAAUUGGACAUUUUUCAGGGGAUGGAAUUAUUGGUUUAAGCAGAAAUCAAGCUAGCCUCGUGUCCCAAAUACAUUCUCAAGGCCUAAUACAAGAAGUGACCGGUCACUGUUUUAGUAAAAGAGGAGGUGGGUUUUUGUUUUUAGGAGAUGAUCUUGUACCUCAUUCGGGAAUUUCCUGGACACCAAUCAUAGAAAAUGAUAACAAGGAAUAUAGAUCGGGACCAGUGGACCUCUUAUUUGAUGGAAGUCGGACUCAAGUAAGACAACUUCAGUUCACUUUCGAUAGUGGAUCGAUCUCAACCUACUUAAACAAGCAAGCCUACCGAAAUACACUUGAUAUGAUUAACCGAGCUCUGAAAGUAAAGCCAUUAACAUCUGCAAACCCAGAGCGUUGGCUUCCGAUAUGCUGGAGACGACGUAAUCAAAAACCUAUUAGCUCUCUCAAUGAUAUUAGGCAUUACUUCAAGCCAUUGAGUUUGCGAUUCACAAAUGAACAGAAUGUUAAGCUUGACUUGCCUGUUCAAGCUUAUCUCAUACUUGUCAAAGGCAAAGUGUGCUUGGGGAUUCAGAAUGGUGAUUUCUUAGGACCAGAAAAUGAGAAUUUAAUUGGAGCCAUUUCAAUGCAAGAUAAGUUGGUGAUAUAUGAUAAUGUCAAUCGUCGAAUUGGAUGGGCUUCCAGAGCGGUAAAGGAAUUACAUUUGAGUCUUUUUCCUAGUCAAAAUCAAAGAGUAGAGGAUCGACCUGAUAUAGUUCUUCGAAUUUUUCAUAUAAAACUUUCUGAGUUUGUGAGCGACAUCAAAAUGGACAGCUAUUUUGACAAAGUUUUCGAGAUUUCACUUCAAGAGACAACCUACUUUAUACGAUGUUACAAUGUAUGCUAUUAUUGUCCAGACGAGCCUAGUUGUCAUCUGGACAAUUUAGACAUUUUUGAGUCAGAGGAGGUUCUGUCUUCUGUCCGGACAAACUCAAGGAGCUGUAUGGACACCAAUGUCUGGGCAUCCCAUGGGUGCCGUCCAGACAAUUAG